GUGAAAGUGUUGUGUUCAAUUUGACACCUCGUUAAAGCUGAAUACAAAUUGCCUCUGAAAAUUCCGUGAACUUCUCAAAUGUGAAAUGUGUGUUUUACUGUUUUAAAACCUGCCCGUAUUUCCCUAGGUCUGUGUUGGAACAAAUCUUUGAUGAAGUUAUCUUAGUGGACGUACUGGACAGCAAGGAUUCUGCACAUUUGGCGAUGAUCAAGAGGCCAGAACUCGGUGUGACGUUUACUAAGCUCCACUGCUGGGCUCUCACACAUUAUUCCAAGUGUGUAUUCAUGGAUGCAGACACAUUGGUAUUAUGCAACAUCGACGAACUCUUUCAAAGGGAAGAAUUAUCUGCAGCGCCGGACCCUGGUUGGCCAGAUUGUUUCAAUACAGGAGUAUUUGUUUAUCGUCCUUCCAUUGAAACCUACAAUGAACUUUUACAGUAUUCCACAGAGAAGGGCAGCUUUGAUGGUGGGGACCAGGGUUUAUUGAACAGCUUCUACAGCAACUGGGCAACGGCAGACAUCAAUAAGCAUCUACCUUUCAUUUACAACCUCAGCAGUGUUGCAGUCUAUUCUUACCUUCCUGCUUUCAAACAGUAUGGUGCUGAUGCCAAGGUGGCCCACUUUCUUGGUAAAAUUAAACCUUGGAACUACUCCUACGACCCAACGACGAGAUGUGUGAUACGAGAUAGCGACGAUUAUUCCACCAUUAUUUACCCUGAAUUCCUCAACGUUUGGUGGGACACCUUCACAACAUCUGUCUUACCAUUGCUUACAGAGUACGGUAUCUCAAAGGAGACCAGUUCUGGCACGCAAGAGGAGGAUAAGUUGAGUGAAGCUGUCUCCCAGCUUUCAUUCACUCAGCCUGAUCCAGUGGAAUCCUCAGAAGAGCGCAGGAAGAAGUGGGAACAGGGUCAAGUUGAUUACAUGGGAGUAGAUUCCUUCCAGAACAUUCAAAAGAAGCUGGAUGCUUACUUGAACUAACAGCAGGUGACUGAAAUCCCCACAUGGCUACCAGCGAGGACUGAAUACAGAAGGUCUAUAGCAUCUAGGCUGGAGUUCAGUGCAUGGCUGGUUUGUACGUAAGCUGUUAGUGGUAUGGUUUGAAAGGGGUGUUGCUAUCAGGCUGUCACCUCAGCAAUGAGUGUCUGUAGUAAGAAUAUGGCAAAGGCCAGUGAACAUCAUCUUUCAAAGACCUGAAGUAAAUCUCUUCCCAGUAUUCAAUACUUUGCACAUUGACAUACUGCCUACUACUGUAAUGUUCCUCCAGAAGGCUUUUUGCUUAACUUAGUAAAACAGACUUAAUUAAACUUUUGAACUGUGUUAUAGACACUGAGUUGAACAGUGCUCGCAGUAUUUUACAUAUGUUUUAAGUAGCUUCACAUGCAUGAAGGCCAAUAAACUACUGCCUCCCCCCAACACCAGCACCCAUGGCUUUACAAAGGAAACAUUGCACUCCUUUUCCACUGAGAAAAAAAAAAGUAAUUUCUGUCUUUGAUUGAAUAUCUGGGCACUGUACCUAACCUGUACCUUAAAACAAUGGUACAUAGAACAGAAGACUUUUUCCACCUAUUAUGGUAUUUGUGUUGUGAUUAACCUGCUGACCAUCAAUUUCUGUGUCUCAUAGCACUUUAUCCAUGAAAAUAAACUUACUGGUUUGAAA